AUAUAUCUUGUAAUUGAACAAAAUAGUAAGGUGGCCAAUAACUGGGGACAGUAUGCAGAUAAUACGGGACGUAUUUAUUUGCUAAACCGCUUAUCAAAAAGCUGAUAGUUGUAUUUCCACUGAAAUGUCAAACAUGCUAAUUGCUAACCCGUUAGCUAACAUUUUUACGACAACAAUCACAAAACAUUGAUUGCAUGAUCACAAGAUAACACUGUUGAAGGUAAUAUAUUUAUUAAACGCUGUUGAAUAUGCCGAUAAUACGGGUUUCCAACGGUAGCUAGUUAUAUGAAGCUUGCUAACAUCUAGCCCAUUCAAAGACGCUAACUACCUUUAGCGCCUAUUAUUGAAGGUAUCAUCUUCCCCGGGGGACUUUUGUUAAGAGCCCCGACGCUUGCGGUACAGAUUUGGAAACAUAAGGAGGAACGUAUCUUUCAUAUCAGCAAUAGAUAAUUUUCAAAAAACAAAAGGUUAAAUUACUACACACCUUUAUAUGGUUUUUUCCCACACUAUCUCUAUGGCAGAGUUGGAGAGCAUCAAAACCAUAAUGUAUCAUGGGUAAAUUGCAACUGAAUGACUGAUCUACAAAUAAUAAUGAAUAGUUAUUUGUGACUCAAGGUGAUUUAUAGACCAGUCAAUCGGCAGUCGCCUGCAAAUAGUACAGUAGGUGACGGUAAUGCACCAUAGGUUGGAUGCCAACCGCCGAUAAACCCCACUGAAGAAGAAGAGGCUCAUCACGAGGUCGUUAUCACAACCACAAAGUCAUAAUUAUGUCUAAACCCCGCCUAUUUGUACACUUUAUCUUCUUAAAAGCGUAUUUUAAACCUAACCACACUGAUAACCUUAUGCAUAACCUUGAAUUAAGACCAACAAACACAUUUUAGUUUUCAUUAUCUUUUACGAUAUAGCCUAUUUUUACUUUGAGGCUGUCGUAACUAGUGACAACCUAUCACGAGCUCCAACCGCAAAAGUAAACAUUUCCGUAAUACUGUGGCUGUUUUAUAACUAAUUACGGCUUAAUUGAACGAAAAAGAUGUUUCAUUUGGUGUUGUCCCUGCUGUUGGGAGCGUUGGGGACUCUUGGGGCACCUGAAACAGAUCAAAUAAAGUUCCUCCCUGGGCUUCAAAAGCAGCCUAACUUCAAACAGUACUCAGGAUACUUCAAUGUGGCUGACAACAAACACCUUCACUACUGGUUUGUGGAGUCUCAGAAGGAUCCAGCUGGCAGCCCAGUGGUUCUUUGGCUGAAUGGUGGACCUGGCUGCAGCUCCCUUGAUGGUCUGCUCACAGAACAUGGGCCUUUCUUGAUUCAAGACGAUGGCAUGUCGCUGGAGUACAACCCCUAUUCCUGGAACAUGAUUGCCAACGUGCUGUACCUGGAGUCACCAGCAGGUGUGGGAUUUUCUUACUCUGAUGAUAAGAAGUACACCACCAAUGACACUGAGGUGUCCAUGAACAACUACCUGGCCUUGAAGGAGUUCUUCAAAGCCUUCCCAGAGUACAGCAAGAAUGAGUUAUUCCUGACAGGUGAGAGCUAUGGAGGCGUCUACAUUCCCACCCUUGCAGAGAGAGUGAUGGAGGACGCCAGCAUGAACCUGCAGGGUAUUGCAAUUGGCAAUGGGAUGUCCAGUUAUGAGAUGAAUGACAACUCUCUCGUCUACUUUGCUUACUACCAUGGACUCCUUGGGACAAGGUUGUGGACUGACUUGCAGGCCUAUUGCUGCAAAGAUGAAAAUUGUGACUUCUACCACAAUCAGAACCCCAACUGUUCCCACAAUAUUGCUGAGGUGCAAUAUAUUGUCUACAGCUCUGGACUGAACAUGUACAACCUCUAUGCCUCCUGUCCUGGAGGGGUUGGCCAGAGAGUCAGCAUUGACAAUGGGCACGUGGUGAUUCGAGAUCUGGGGAACAGUUUCAUCAACCAUGAAUGGACUCGGCUGUGGAACCAGAAGCUGAAGGCCAUGGCGUCUCAGUACAAGCGAGUGAGGCUGGACCCUCCCUGCACCAACUCCACUCCGUCCACCCUGUACCUGAACAACCCCUAUGUCAAAGCAGCCCUCCACAUCUCCCCCUCCGCUCUGCCCUGGGUGAUAUGCAGUGCUGAGGUGAAUCUGAACUACAACCGUCUGUACAUGGACGUGAGGAAGCAGUACCUGAAGCUUUUGGGAGCUCUGAAGUACCGAGUGCUGGUGUACAACGGAGACGUGGACAUGGCCUGCAACUUCCUUGGGGACGAGUGGUUUGUGGAGUCACUCCAGCAAGAGGUCCAGGUGAAGAGGAGGCCAUGGACCUACUACACCGGCGAGAGUCAGCAGGUGGGCGGCUUCGUCAAGGAGUUCUCCAACCUGGCCUUCCUCACCGUCAAGGGUUCAGGCCACAUGGUCCCCACAGACAAGCCCGUCGCUGCCUUCACCAUGUUCACUCGCUUCAUCAAGAAACAGCCCUACUGAUCUGGGGCCUGUGAAAAAAGCCUACAGGAAUGGCCCACUCUCUCUCUCUCCACUGUUUAUCUCAUUUGAUUUGCACUAGCUCAUGGUGAAAAGCACUGGUUCGUAUCCAAAGACCACUGACAUAUCCUCCAAGCAUUUCGUUAGCCUGAUCCCAGAUCUGUUUAUGCCAUUUUGUCAACCAUAGCCUACUCCUAUCUAUACAGCACCAACUGAUCUGGGACCAGGUUUAGUGUUUUGUUGUCCUAGCCUAUGAGUUUUGUAUGGCGUCUGCUUUGGGUGUUUGAUCAUGCUGUGAUAAGAUGCUGCUGUACCCUGCCAAAUGAAUUUGAGGUAUAAAGGCCAUUGUGUGAUUAGAAAUACGAUCAAGAUUUGUCAUUCACCAUCGCAUUGAUUUCAGCUGUUUGCACUUGUUGAUUGUAUGUAUUCAGCAUUCGAUGGUACACAAGGCAAUGGUGUGGUUCAUCCACUAUGGGAUGAAUCCUAACUUGCUCUUAAGUCAAAUUUUCCAUUAGUCUCCCAUUGACAUCAAUGCAUAACUACGUGGAAAUUCAACUUAAGUGUAAGUUAGAAUUUGCCCCUAAGUAAUUGCCUUAAAUCGCAGUCUAUGUAGUCAAGGGGAUCUGUUCACUGUCAGGAAUUGUCUUUUGAAAAGGAACAAACGCCUCUAGAUGUACAGUAAUUCAACGAUAUAAUAGUAGAUAUAUCGAUGUGCCUCAUCACAGAAAUGAAUACUUGGAAUCACUUUGAUAAAAAGGGAACUUGUCUUUGCUUCAGCUGUAUUCACAUUGAUUCUGUCAUGAUUUUAUAAUAAAACGGUUCUUUACCAAUAA